AUGUGUUGGAAACCGUCGAUGGUCCACCGCGAAUGCCAGUGUGUCUACGAUGAAAUGGGCGUUAGAUAUUGUGAUGAACGCGAGCAGCAGGACCACGUCAUCGAGCUGAGACAAUGGCCGGUAGACAUGCCAUGUCAAACACAUCGAAGUGACAAAUGGGUUCCAUUCAGCACGUCUUUCUUCGACCGAGCAAGCGAGUUUGAGAAUGAGAGCUACUUGGACAGUUGUGACGGUGAUUCUACAUCGGACGACUCGAGUUGUAAGACCGGUGAGGUGGCACAUCACAUGGAAGUCUCGAGGGGUGAGGUAGCACUUGAGGCUCGGCAAGUCGACAAAUUGGUUGACGAGACCGAAGCGGUACUCAUGAAUCAUAAAGUAAUUCCAGGUAAAGAGAUGCAGGUCGAUAUCACAGGCGAAUUUCUCUUGGAUAAAAUAUUUGAAAUGGAGUACUUGACAAUUUCUUGGGAUUUGUUUGUUUGA